GACUAUCUGGCCGUCCUGAAGAUUAAAGGCUGUUCUAGUUUGCUUCCAAUUCCUCCGUAAUCCCGCCCUCAAAUUAUCUAAAUGAUAAGACCCCGGUCUCGGGUAUAACAUCUGGUAUCAAAGCUUCUUCCUACAUCCCAAAGGACCGAGAACACACUUCCACUCUUUCUCCUUUCCUUCAUCCUCAUUUCGGCCAAAACAUUCUCCCCUCCCAUUUCCUUCAUCCUAGCUACUGCCCUACCUUCAUUCUUUCACUUCCUAGUUCAACACAUGUCUCACACCUCCCAAAACAUCACCAAGGAAGAUUUAAUUGCAUCCAAUGUCGAACUCAAAGCUCAUGUUGAGUAUUUGGCCAAACAGGUGGCUCAACUUACCAAGUUGAAAAUGAGCAUGGUCCAAACUCCAAAGGAAAGCGAAGAUGAGCAAGAAGAAGAUGCCCAAUCAGAAGUUCCUUCUGCCACCAUGAGAAGAAACAACCAAGAGAAGUCUUCCUCUAACUUCAAGGUUGAAAUACCAACCUUCGAUGGAAAAGAUGACCCGGAAGAUUUCAUCGAAUGGUUAGAGAUGAUUGAACGCGUCUUUGACUAUACCGAAGUGCCGGAGGACAAGAAGGUCAAGCUUGUGGCCUUAAAAUUCAGAGGCUACGCAUCUACGUGGUGGACUAACACUACCACCGAGCGCAAAAGAGAAGGCAAGGCUGUUGUUAAAACAUGGGCCAAGAUGAGAGCUUUAUUGAAGAAGAAGUUCAUUCCGACUCAUUAUAUAAGGGAAAACAUUGCUAGGCUUCAACACCUAAGGCAAGGAAAUCAGUCUGUAGAAGAAUACAACCGAGAGUUUGAAGAACUCUUGAUGCGGUGUGAUCUCCAAGAGAAUGACUCGCAAACCUUUGUGAGAUACCUCUUUGGCCUAAACACCCACAUAGCCCACACAGUGGAGUUGCAAACCUUUGAGAGCCUUGAAGAGUUGACCAAGUUAGCACUUAAAGUGGAAGCUCAACUCAAGAAGUGCAAAUCUUCCUUGAGCCAUGCCAAUUCUUCCUAUCCAAGUACAUCAACUUCUACCCCCCUUGCUGCAAAAAACCCCACGCCCCCCUCCCCUCAAAAUCCUAAAACCGUGCACCCUAUUUCCUCACCAAGUGCUCCUCCUCGUUCAAAACCGAGUUCAUCAAGUAGCCGAAUACAAAAGGAAAUCAUGAAGGAACACAAGAAAGAAGGAUCACCAACGUUAAGUUCCCAAAGAAGAAUUUUUGGAUUUUCAGUCCCCAAGGAGCGGGACAGAGUAUGAUUGGAGAUUGUGAUAAAUAAAGUGAAGGGAUAAACCAAGUUGGUGUUAAGAGAUAUGACACACUCUUAUCUUAACUUGGGGCUUUUAUCUUCUUUUACACAUUAAUAAUCACUACUAAUGUAUAAAAUUAGACUCCUAACACGCACUCAAAAGUAGCCAACUUUAGAGAUAUUUCAUUAGGAAAUUUGGUUAAAAUAGCAUCGCACUAUUUUAAAGAAUUACUCAAAGAGUAAAACAAAGAAGUUUUU